CUCCUAUCAUCUCGUGGUUUUAAAAGAUUCAUUAAUAAUGAGCUAAUGACUUCAACAGAAAUGUUGGACAAGCGCAGUGAGGCUGACAAGACUGUCUUUGUGGGAAAUUUAGACAGUUCGGUGAAAGAGGAGAUUCUCUUCGAGCUGUUUCUGCAGGCAGGCCCCCUGAAAAAGGUUACCAUUGCCCGGGACAGGGAGGGGCGUCAAAGGUCGUAUGGGUUUGUGUGCUAUAAACACCGUGAGGCAGUCCCCUACGCCAUUGCCCUUCUCAACGGCACCUGGCUGUACGGCCGCCCGAUCAGGCUGCAGUACAGAUCUGGUAGCUCUCACAGUGAUGGUGGGGCGGGACCCAGUGACCCUCCAUGUGAGCCACACAGUACCAGCACGGUUUUUCCCGAGUCCUCAAUGUUCCAGUUUUCUGGCCUCCCUGAGGGCCGAGGCCCAUUGCAGGACCCAUUGUACUGGAACACCAUGGUGGGCGGAUAUCCCUCCCAGCAGUGUCCCCUGAACAUUCCCCCGCCCCAGCCUCAGUAUUACCUCCAACCCUCUGCUCUCUGCCCCUCCGCCCCUCCCCUGUUCUGGCCUGCCUCGGGAUUCCCUCCCUGGACCCCCUUACCACCGGGUCAGCAGUCCCUGCAUCCACAGCCCCCCGGCUCAAGUCAGAUGCAGCUGCCCCUGCCCCCCAGCCCCCCAGAGGGGCAGGGAGGCUGCGCAGACGACGCGGAGCACAGCAAGCCGCGCAAACGCAGGAGGAGCCGCGAGCGCAGGCACAGGCCGGAGAAGCACAGGAGCAGGCAGAGUGCCGACGCCCGAGGGCACACGCACGCACACGCUCACACGCGUGGCGCUGAAGACGGAAAAACUACACAAGGGAUGGAUUUCGCUCAGUAGAAACGCCUCGACCCUAAGCACCAACCAAGGACCAAUCAGUUCAGUAGCAUGUGGCUUAGAACAGCAAGGCUUUACCUAAUCAUUCCUGAACUGAAGAGUUCGGCGUAUGCAGCAUUUUCACAAGUGCUAUUCAUUUCGAUUCGAUUCAUAUGUUUUCUGUUCUGUUUAUGCCUACACAUGGAAACGCAUCUUAAAAUGGAAAAAUUGGGAGCGCUUGGGGUAAUAUGCAAGAGCUGACCCUCAUGCCUGGUGUGCACAUCCCUGACCCAGUGUACCUCACUGGAAUGACUAGUGUUAGCAUUGUUUACUUUCAGGGAGAUUUGGAAUAAUUGCUGCGAGAGACAGAAAGCGACGGGCAGAUUUAGGGGGUGUGACCUCUCGAGAACUGUGUCUUCCCUUGGCCAUGACCUUUCCAAUCUCAUCU